AUGAAGACAUCUCGUCAAAAAAAAGCAAGAAAGAAUCUAGGAUUUUUCAUUAAUAAUUUUAAAUUUCGACCGCCGUUUCAAAUACUUAUCGACGGUACAUUUGCGUUUGCUGCGUUAGAGAAUAAAUUUAAUAUACAAGAUCAGUUAUCAAAAUAUUUUCAAGCUGAAGUUAAAUUAUUAACUACACCAUGUAUAAUAUUGGAAACAGAGAAGCUUGGAUCAUUUUCUAAGGCAGUUACUGGUGCUAUGCAAAUAGUUAAACAAUAUCCUAUACACAAGUGUGGACAUGAAAAACAUUCAAUUACUGGCACACAAUGUUUACAAUCAAUGAUUGGAACAAACAAUUCAUCUAGAUAUAUUAUAGCCACACAGGAUAGAGAACUUCAAGGUAUUUUAAGAAAAAUUCCAGGCAUACCAAUAAUAUAUUUACAUGGUAAAGCUCCAACUUUGGAAGCUCCUUCACAAGUAACUCGUGAAUAUGCUGAGAAAAUUCGUAAAGGAUUAGGUAUGAGUACUUGGGAAAAAGAAAAUAUUAAAACUCUGAAGAAAGCAGCAGGCUUAGAAGAAAACACAGAAAAGAAGUUGCAGAAGAAACGGAGAAAAGGUGGUCCCAAUCCACUUAGUUGCUUGAAAAAAAAGAAGAAAUCACAUACAGAAAUUCCAAAGAAUGUAAUAAACAAAUCUGGAAAAGUUAAGAAGAGAAGGAAAGUUAAGUUAGCUGCACACAUUAAGGAAACAUUAGCAUCUGAAAUUAAAAAUAAGCAGGCAGAAAAAGAUACAAAAAGCUGA